AUGAGGCCCUUGUUAAGCCACCCAACGAGGCUUUCAAGAAACUUUAUACAAUACCUCGUUCUAUAUCGACCAAUACCUCUCCUUGCUCGUCGUAACUUCACAAGCUCUGUUGGUCGUCAACAUGAUCAAAAUUCUGAUAUAGCGAAGAAGGCUUCUCAAAGUCCUCCAGAAGAACUCAAUGAACAAGGGGGAAAACAUGAUCGAUCCAUUAAGAAGCCAUCAAGACUUGCGGCUCUAAAAAAACGUGAUCAGAAUGUUGGGAACAAGGAUACCAAGGUCAAAGAGGGAGAAGCAAAUCAGCGAUAUAUCCUUGGACAAUCAGCCAAUAAGCCAAUCCGUACACGUUUUGCACCGUCACCUACUGGAUAUCUGCACCUCGGCUCUUUGAGGACCGCCUUGUUCAACAAUUUGGUGGCCAAGGCUACAGCAGGCGGUGAUUUCAUUAUUAGAAUUGAAGAUACUGAUCAAAAUCGGUUGGUGCCCGAUGCUGAAGAAAGAAUCUUCAAAGAUCUCGAAUGGGCCGGGCUUGAAUGGAGUGAAGGUCCUGACAAAGGAGGUCCAUAUGGCCCCUAUCGACAGUCGGAACGUCUAGAGACAUAUAAAGAACACACGCAAACCUUGCUCGAAAAUGGUUCUGCCUAUCGUUGCUUUUGUGAUCAAACAGUCCUCGAAGCCCAGAAACGAGCUCUUCACGAAGCUGGCAAGUCUACAGCCUACCCUGGCACAUGUCGUACUCUGCCGCGCUCUGAGUCCGAUGAGCGAGCCGCCAGGGGUGAAGCUCAUAUCGUUCGGCUUGACUCUACUCGCUUCGGCACGCCAAAGUUCAAGGAUGCUAUCUACGGGCCUUUUCAGAAGAAGGAGCCCGAGGAAGACUUUGUUCUCAUGAAAAGGGAUGGGUAUCCUACGUACCAUCUUGCCAAUGUAGUUGAUGACCAUUUGAUGAAGAUUACACAUGUCAUCCGUGGUGAAGAAUGGCUCAUCUCGACACCCAAGCAUCUGGCCCUCUAUGAAGCUUUCGGCUGGGAGCCCCCGACCUUUGCUCACCUGGGCCUCCUCGUUAGUAACAACGGAUCUAAGCUUAGCAAGCGCGAUAGUAGCGUUGACCUGUCUACGUAUAUGGACCAGAACGUCUUCCCUAUGGCUUUACAGGCGUGGCUUGCUAACCUAGGUGCAUCUAUGAAGAGAGAUGCGAAGACACCGAGAACUCUCAGUGAUGUCGCCGAGAAUUUGACUUACAAGUUCACCCGAGGUGGUAUCAAACUCAAUCCAACUAAGCUCGACUUCUUCCAGCACGAGUAUCGAAAUCUCCUUACGAAAACACCUUUUGCCGACCACACAUCUCGCGAGCAGGAGCUCAUAAGAGAUUACCUAGUGACUCCCCUUGUCAACGAAGUUCAUGCCAUAACCGCCUCCUCUCAGUCCAUUUCUGAUGACUACAAGCCCAUCCAACCCACAGGCACCGCUCUCGACUGGCCCGCCCCGUUAUCUCCUGUUCCAGCUAUGCUUUCGUCUGAAUCUUCUCAGUCAUAUACUUCCAAGAUCAUCUUUCAAGAAACCGUACGAUAUGCCUCUGUGGCUAACUUGGCACGUUUGCUACCGUACUUCUUUUGGCGCCCUCCUACUGAUAUUUACCGAGCGGCCAUCGUCAGCGAGACCCCGCGCCUCGACUUGCUUGAAAUGGUCAACAAGACCGUGCAAGGAAAUGAAGACUGGGAAACGGCCGUUGACCGCUUAUUUGAGAGCAUCCCUUCAGACCAGGCUCCCGACCUACAUGCUAUUCUUCGCCUAAUUGCAAUCGGUGAUUCACAGGCCGUUAGCAAGUCGUCCCGCAUUCUGUUUGAUGUGUUGGGUCAAGAUGAGUGGCGAUACCGUGCCAAUCUCGUGGCUUCUUUGCUCGGUGAACUAGAAUCUAGUGGCCAACUCUCCGUCAGUGCUGGAUAG